AUGCCGUCUCCGACAGAGCCCGUCCACCAAUUCGACUCGAUUGAAGAUACCAUUGCCGCAUUUAAAAAUGGCGAAUUCAUCAUCGUCCUCGACGACCAAGACCGCGAGAACGAAGGCGACCUCAUCAUAGCCGCGGAGUCUAUCACUCCCGCACAGAUGGCCUUCUUGCGGAUUGAUAUGCGCGCCCAUCACCCCCUCCUCGCCUCCCACCUCGCCCUCCCGCAGAUGGUAGCCGAGAACGCCGACCCGAAGUGCACAGCCUACACGAUCACAAUUGACUCAAGCGACCCCUCCGUAACGACGGGGAUAUCGGCCUCCGACCGCGCGCUUACCUGCCGCACACUGGCCUCGCCAUCCGCAACAAUCGACUCUUUCCGGCGACCGGGCCACAUUAUCCCGCUCCAGGCCCGGCCCGGCGGCGUGCGCGAGCGCAUGGGCCACACCGAAGCUGCGGUGGAUUUCUGUCGGUUGGCUGGGAAGCCGGAGGCAGGGGUGAUUGCGGAGCUGGUGGAGGAUGGGCAGUGUGUGGAGGGCGUGCCGGAGAUCGGCGGGAAGAAUGGCAUGAUGCGUCGGGAUGGGUGUUUGCGGUUUGGAAAGCGAUGGGGGAUUAAGGUGUGUACGAUUGAGGACUUGGUGGCGUAUUUGGACAGGACGGAGGGGGUAAUCAAUGGGAAGAAGCAAGCAUUGGUUUGA